CCCUUAUCAACCAUAAUCAGCCACUUGCGCACCGACCUCAUCCUUUUUUUUCAACCACUAUAUUUGAAGUCGGCUUUCUGCUUCUGAUCCUUCCCACUACAAGAACAAUUUACGUGUGGUCUGCACGGCCUGCACCAUCGCUUGCAUGAGCGCGAGAAGGGGCCGUCAUUGGGGUCUUGAUUGUGUUGAUUUCAGCCUCUGAGGUUGCACUGUGAGUCAGUACUGGAUUGAUCUCGCACCGGCGCACCAACAAUAUGUCAUUCAUCCUUACAUAUCGAAGACCGAAAGCCAAAUUCACGCGAGCUCCAAGCAACUCGACGACUCAGGAGGAUAUUGCUCGCCUAAAAGCGCAGCACAAAGCUCCCCAGCUGCUACGCUUCGAAGACCUACCCGAAUGGUAUCAAGAUAACCACUUCAUACAGUCGGGCUAUCGUCCUGUCUCCGACUCAUGGCUGUCAUGCGCGUUCUCACUGGGAUACAUCCACAAUGAGACAGUCAACAUCUACACACAUCUUAUACCGGCCGUUUUGUUUACUUUUGGGCAAGCCGCUAUCUUUCGUUGGAUACUUUAUCAGUAUCCCGAAGCAACGCUUAUGGAUCAUGUCGUUUUCGGCUGCAAUGUCGCUGCUGCCAUAGUCACGAUGGUGCUGUCGGCAUCUUAUCACACUUUGAUGAACCACUCCAUGCACAUAUCCAACCUGUUUCUGCGAGUUGACUACGUUGGAAUCCUGACCCUCAUACUGGGAAGCUUCUUUUCUGGAAUUUACGUUGGUUUUAGAUGCCAACCUGCGAUCUGCUGGACUUACUGGACUAUGAUCAUCACGCUGACCAUCAUCACAUCGGUUCUGGUUUUGCAUCCCCAGCUACAAGGUUUGAAAUAUCGGAGUCAUCGCUCCUGGGCGUUUAUUUUGACGGCACUCUCCGGAUUCGCCCCAAUCAUUCACGGACUCCUUCUCUACGGCUGGGACGAAAUGAUGAUCCGCUCCGGCAUGCAGUACUAUCUGUUGGAAGGUCUUGUUUACGGUUUAGGUGCCUUCUUCUUCUUGACUCGCAUACCUGAGUCCAUAUGGCCAGACUCUUUCGACAUCUGGUUCUCGUCGCACCAAGUCUUCCACGUUCUGGUCGUGCUUGCAAGUCUGGUCCAUCUUUACGGUAUAUGGGUGGCAUUCGAUUGGAAUUAUCAACAUCUGAGGAUUUGUCCUGCGACGGGAAUGACCGGCCGCGAAAUUUGAUGAACUUUCACUCACGACAAAGCGCUUCUAGACAAGCACUCCAUUUUGAGGUGAUGGUCUGGGGGUCUUUGGCAAUCAUGAGUCACGAUGGUGACCACGCAUCUUUCGAGCUUUGGAAUCGCGCCUAUGCAAUUCUAUGGGCUUGCUCAAUCACUCUCAAGUCCGUCCGCCUGAUUCUACCUAUUAGGCACGUCCCUAGGUUUACACCUUGAACUUUGUCAGAUUCUCGGGACCAGCUUCUUUCGCAGACUUUGCAACGGCUUCAUCCCCGACCUCAUCAAAGAUGUCAUAACCCCACCUCGUGCCGGGAAAAU